AUGGAGACAGAUGAAGAAAUCAGGGUGGAGGUUCUUUCUGACACGGAAGCAUGGGAAUUGUUUCAGGAAAAGGCCGGUAGUGUGAUUUCUUCUGAUAUCGAGCCCAUCGCACGAGAUGUGUAUAAGGAGUGCCGUGGUUUGCCACUGGCAAUAAUUGUGGUUGGUCGAGCAUUGAGGAAGGAGACUGAUAGAGAAGUCUGGAAAAAUGCACUGCGGGUGCUUAGGACAUCACAGUUCGAGCUUAAAGGUAUGGAACGUGAAGUUUACUUGCCCCUGAAAUUUAGUUACGAUCACUUGGAAACUGAUGCUCUUCGAAAUUGCUUCCUGUAUUGUUCCCUAUUUCCUGAAGAUUAUGAAAUAGAAGUAGAUCAAUUAAUAGGAUACUGGAUAAUGGAGGGGUUCAUACAAGGGGUUCAGAGCUUGGAAGAUGCUGAAGCAAAGGGACACUCCUUAUCGAAAGAGCUGGUAGAUUCUUGUUUACUAGAAGAAGAUGGACGCUGGAAAUAUUAUGUGAGAAUGCACGACGUGAUUCGGGAUAUGGCAAUAAGGAUCACAUCAGAAAGCACAGAAAGAGGCAUGAGAUUCUUAGUACGAGCCGGUGUGGGAUUAGAAGAUUGCCCAAAAGUGGAGGAAUGGGAAGGGAAGGACAGGAUCUCACUGAUGAAUAACAAUAUCCGAUUUUUACCGGAUGAACCAAAAUGCAGUGAACUCUCCACCUUGCUCCUCGAAGGGAAUGGAUUACUUCAAGAAAUCCCACCAUCAUUUUUCAAGCAGAUGAAGAAUCUUCGUGUACUUGAUCUAUCCCAUACCGUGAUUGUGUCACUUCCACCCUCCAUUUCUGAAUUACGUAGCCUCCAAGCACUCAUUCUAAGAAACUGUCGGUCUUUACGAAGUGUGACCUGUGUGGGAGGACUGAACCAUCUCCAAUUGCUUGAUUUAUCCGGGACCAAUAUUGAGGAACUGCCACGUGAGAUUGGGCAGUUGACCAGGUUACGCCGUCUGGAUCUAUCAGAAAUCUGGAACCUUGCAUAUAUCCCGGCUGAUAUAAUACUUUCAUUGUCCCCGUUGGAAGAUCUAGCAAUGAUAAGAAGCCCCUUCUUUUUUAUAAGUAAUGAGAGCAAAGCAUUUAUUGAGAAUCUAGGACACUUGAAUCACUUGACUCAUUUUGCUGCUGACAUUCCAAAUGACCUCCAGCUCUCAAUGGGAAUUCCUGCUUCGGGAUAA